AUGUCACAGGUCCAAGCGCUCGGAUUUAGCCCUUGCCACUUGUCGGAAUGGAAGGCUAGCGAGACUUCCCUUCCUUUGUCCCUUGUCGAUGCCUCGACAUUCGAACUUGUCCUUGAUACACGGUGGCUCAACUGUGCCCCUGCACAUAAUCUUCAAACCUUGCGACUACUCGAGUCUAAAGAGCUGGAGGCUUAUGCGAAAGCAAGAAAGGUAUCCAAGAUCGAAAAACGUGUAGAAGACUUGGAGCAUAACUUACGUGAAGCAACAUCUUACAAAAGAAUCCGAUUGGAACCAACAGAUGACAAUCCCGAUACAUUGACACUGGCUUCUGGAGAUGAGUCCAGUGACGGAGUACCGGAUUCUACAGAUGCAUCUCGCUUCCCACACUUGGACCUAAAUACGGCUGCGCCUCCUUGGAAUGAUCAAUCCGCCCUACCUUCACCUGUGGAAAACGGAGGCGACGGCGAGUCCUAUGCAUUGAAGAACAAGACAGGGGCAAUGCGUUUCUUCGGUGCUUCUUCUGGUUUCCCUAUCGUCUGUCCCGUUGAGACUCACGCCGUGGGUGGUCCGCUGGGUCAUAAUACACUGCAAAACACCACUCGGCAAAACCACAACAAAUGGGGACUGGUUGAUUGGUAUCCGCAAGGGCUACGAGACGAUAUAUGGCUCGAGAAGAGGUAUUCCCAGCCUUUACCGACAAAACCUCUGCUCCUAGAGCUUGUUCAGGAAUACUUCGUUACCUUUAAUCAGGUUCUUCCAAUCUUCAACCAAGCGAAUUUCAUGAGCCUUGUUGAUCGGCAGUUCUCGUGGAAUCCAAACAGCACCCCGUCCUGGUGGGCUGCUUUCAAUAUGGUCCUUGCUUUUGCGUAUAGGAAUCGGGCUGAGAAGUUUAGUGAGGACGGCGACAACUGGCGCAAUUGUAUCGGGCACGUCAAGAAUGCCAUGUCGGUUACUACCGAACUUUUCUUGCGAACUUGUGAUCUUCUUGCUGUGCAAGGCAUGAUUUGUCUAGCCUUGUUCUUUCAAGGCACGCCGAAUCCUCAGCCUCUAUUUGCAUUUACCGCAACAGCAAUUCGGUUCUCACAAUCCAUCGGCUUGCACCGAUCCAAGUCCUUCGGCUUUUCAAAAACUCAGGUCGAGGAGAGGCAACGAGUCUUUUGGAUUGCAUUCAUACUGGAUGCUGAUGUGUGCGUAAGGACUGGACGUCCUGCGACUCAAGACAUUCGCGACUUUGACGUACCCUCACCACCUGACUGCCCCAGCGAUGGACUGGGUGUCAUUGAGUGCUGUGGAGAGCAACUAAAUUUCCUCACUACACUCACAAAGUUUGCACUGAUUCAAAGAAGAGUAUAUGACUCUCUUUACACAACCGAGGCCCUCAAAAGGCCCCCGUCAGAGAGGGCCGCUGACGCAGAACAAUGUCUUGGAGAACUCGAUCAAUGGAGGGAUAGUAUCCCUGACAAUCUGAAGCCGCAGCGAAAUUUCUCUUUACAAGGUGACUCUUUCCUUACACACAUCUUACGGCUACACUUUGCUAGCCAUUGCUGCUACCUCAACAUCUAUCGGGUUUUCUUGCUAUCUCGACAACCACUUCGUAGUGAACUGUCUACGAAGCAAUCAGAGGUGGCUAGGUCGGCACUCGAUCUAGUCAAACACAUCUAUGAUGAGCGAUUCGGGCAAUCCUUUGGCUGGAGUGUCGUUUACUUUCCAGCAGCAGCCACAGUCGCCUUGCUUUCCCAGAUGAUCGCGAAUGCCAACCGUCCAGACGCCAGCUCAGAUUUGUCUUUGGUAGACGAAACUCUCCGAUUUCUGUCAAGACUUACUUCUCAAGAGCCUGACACAUAUGUCGAUCAUGUCCUCUCGGUGUGCUCUGAUCUUCGGAACACUGCCAAAGAGACGAUAAAGCUUGCGAAAAGUGGCUCAACACAUGCUGUAGACCAAGACCAGCACAAUCCUGGUCCAUACAACCAGACUGCUAGACAUGACAGGUUGUUGGCAGAAGCUGGGUUGCCUGUUGAAAAUGAGUCCAGCUAUACAGACCCAUUCGACCUACCAGUCAGUCUUUUCUGGAGUUGGCAAGACAUGUUAGUUGGUGCGCCGCCAUCUAACAACUAUGACGCUGAGUGCUUUGAUACCGAGAACGAUGACCAUCAGUGA